AUGAAGUCCACUACCGUCAUCGUGGCCCUCGCUGCCGUCGUCCACGCCUCACCUCUCACCAAAAGACAGGACAACAAGGUCCCCGAUGUCUGGGAGAACAAAGACACCCUCUGCAAAGGCUGGGUCCUCAGCACACCAGAGGAAGCCGACAGGCUCUGGAUGGAAACCAAAGCCGGCGAUCAACUAGAUUUCUUCCUCCGUGAACAAUGGGAACACCAAAACAACUGGCUCAUCAACCUCGAGGAUCGAGUCUUUGGCGGUACAGAUGGAAAGUCUGGCGCCGCGGGAUGCAGUGUUCUCGACAACGAUUGCAGCCCUAUGAACAACAUAGAAUGCACUGAACAGUAUGAGAAAUACGGUACCGACGACAGCCUUAGCAAGACCUCGUACUGGAUAUUCCAGGCUGCUAAGGGCAUGCACUCCAAGUUCAAGGCGCUCAAGACCAAGAUCACCGAGAAGACCAUCAUCAGCGGUCUCAGGAUCGGUCAGAUGGUGACCGACUUCGGCGGCAAUGAGGAUGACACUGGUGAUAUGGUCAAGUGGUUGGCUUCCGCCAGCACAAUGGGUGCUGCUCUGAGUGGACUCUCUACAAACGUUGGGUUCGCUGUCGGCUUUAACAUCCUUGGCGGAAUCUUCUCCAGCUUUGGAAACCUCAAGCAAGAGGAGAUCGACCAAGGUACCAUCUCAGCUGGCUUGGCCGAUCUGUUCGAGGCAGCUGUUGACCGACUCGACGAGACCAUGCGCAUCGUCAUGGGCGGUGGUACUGAGGACCAGUACAAUGCACUCAAGACGCCCAACCCGGAUCCUUACAAGAAGCCCGUCGCAAACUUCUUCAACGGCGGUUUCUUCCUUCUCAAUGACAAUGCCGAAGCUGUGCAGAUGGCGCUCAACUCUGUCUACGGCAACAUCCAGCCCAAGGUUGCCAACAACGUCAUGAAGGCUGCGAAGUUCUACCUCGUUGCUGAUAAGCGCCGUACAGGCCGCGAGGACUGCGGUUACGCUACUGGUCGUCAGUGGAUGGCUCUGAGAGAGGGUGAAGAGUACUGUUUCUACAUCAUGCGUCACGAUCCUAAGCCUAACCGUGUUGGAGACUGGGCUGAGGUUUCGGGUGAGGUUUAUGACAAGAUGGCCAGCUAUGGUCUUGGGAACAGAGAGGUUUACUACCGCGCUAUUCUGGACUGUGCGCUUAAUCCCAAUGACAAUGUUGACUUGGGAAGCUUGGUUGGUGGCAAGAUUCCGACUUGUUACUUUGAUCUUCCUGCUGUAUACAUUGAUAAGGAUCGAGAGGUUGGAUGCGGUGAUCCUUUCACCACUGUUGAGUGCGAUUAUAUCAGUGCCACCAACAUCGAGUAGGGGAGGCGACAUUACUGGACAGUUACUAUUCAUUUUGUAUAUAUUGAUCGCUUGUAUUCUAAGUCUAAGCAUUAACCUCUAAUUAAAUAUCCUAUGUCUA